UCUCUAAUGAAUAGAAGCAGUACCACAGCAGUGGCCGGUUUUAGAAGCAAUGCUCCUCCCUCUGUGUCUAAAGCCUGCAAAGGGUGGAUCCUCUUUCACUCAACACGACUUUAAAAAAAACCCGCUUCUCCGGAAGUAAAGCUUUCUUCAGAACUUCCCAAAACCGUUGAAACCCCUUCAGCUGUCAGAGAUGCUUCAAAGCAGAGUGGGUUGUGAGAGAAAGAGAGACAAAGUUUGGAACUAAACUGUGUUUUUAAUCACCAAUGCCUGAAGUGAAGCUGUAGGAUAAUGAGAUCUGUCUGCCAGAUAAGACUGCAUAUCUUGUAAUGUGUAGCCUGGGUCCACUAUGAUUCUUCCUCAUUCCCUGCUCCUUUUAGUCUGCCUCUCUGGACCACUGGCCUGCCAUGCAUUCAAGAUUUGUGCCUUCAAUGUUCAGAGUUUUGGAGACUCAAAAGCAACAGACAGCACAGUUUUGCACAUCUUAACACAGAUUGUGUCACGCUGUGAUGUGUGUUUGCUUCAAGAAGUCAGAGAUCAGAAGAAAACAGCCGUUCCACGUCUGCUUAAUAGACUCAAUGACUAUGAAAGGGGUCACCAGUAUGACUAUGUGUCCAGUGAACGUCUUGGCAGGACACAAACAUAUCAAGAGCAAUAUGUUUUUGUGUUCAGGACUGACUCAGUCAGGUUAAUAAACCAGUAUCAGUACCCAGACACACAGAAAGGAGAUGAGGAUGCUUUUGCCAGGGAGCCUUUUGUAGUGCACUUCCGAGCACCUAAAACAGUGAUUGGCGAGUUCGUUCUGAUCCCAAUGCACACCUCACCUAGUAACGCCACCAAAGAGAUCGAUAAACUCUAUGAUGUCUUUGAGGAUGUUAGACAUUUGUGGACCACAGAGGACAUAAUGUUCCUUGGUGACUUCAAUGCUGCUUGUGGAUACGUGGCCAAGAAAAACAGGAAGAACAUAAGACUCUACUCCAAUGCUUUCAGCUGGCUGAUAGAUGACAAACAGGACACUACAGUAAGAGGAACCACUGACUGUGCAUAUGACAGGAUAGUCGUUCACGGAGAUUCCUUCCUCAGAGCUAUAGUGCCAUUCUCAGCACAACCAUUUAAUUUUGCCACCGCAUACCGGAUCACGGAGGAAGAGGCUUUACGUGUGAGUGACCACUAUCCUGUAGAGGUGGCCCUGAAGAUCAAGUCAGGAAGUGAGCAGAGAAGCAUAAUCUUGUUCCAAAUAACUCUUGGCCUUCCCAUGCUACUCCAACUGAAAUGACACCAUUUUGAAAGUGGACACUUUUUUAAGUCAGCAAGUUUGAGAGAAGCUAACUAUGCAUGAUGAAUAUCAUCUAAGCCAAAGCUGCACAAGAACGUACUGGAUUUCUUGUCAAUAACGUGAUACAAAUUUUCAUGCCCUUUAAAUCAAGGAGAUUGUACGUAGUAACCGAGUUUAUCAAAGACUCAAAAACACACCACUUUAUUUAGCCAAAGUUUUUAAUUUUAUGCUGGAAUAUCAUAGGACACACAGUCUUACUUCUUUUUGGUUAAAAGUAUAUUUAAGAUAACUGGCUGCUAAUGGAUCAGCUGUUUUGCCACUUUACUGGGGUUUUUGGGAUUUAGGUUUGUAAAUGGCACAAGCAAAGCUACCUGGACAAAAUAAAAUUUGCUGAUUCCUUCAACAGCAAUAUCCAACUUUACAGUGUCAGUAGGUUGCACAACUGGAAGACUAACCCUUUUGUCAGAUUCAGAGGACACCUUUUAUUGUUCAUGUCAAGGCAAAACAAAAUGCUUACAUAUUGCAUUAAGUCAAAUCUGUGCAGGAUUAUAUAUAUAAUUUUUUGUUGUUGCUGUUAUUGAGGUGAGGGAAAGCAUAGCCAAGUCUUAGGAAAUAAAUAUGAUAUUUUGUUCAUCUCAGGGGAACAAUUCAUCCAGCAUUCAUUGGGGACUACCCUGGUGUUCAGUCAUGCAGAUUUGGCCCCUAAAGUUGUCACCCUGGAACAUGAAGCAUCAGUGACAUGCUCACUGCUUGCCAAGUACCAAUAGCAAUCCAGUUGAAUGCAAAGUUUGUCCAGGUACUCAGCUACUGACAUUGUACGAUAAUUCACUACUAUUGGUGGAUGCAGAUAUUUUGUCGAAGGACCUUAAACACUGUCUACCUUUAAUGCAUCUGUAUUCUGCUUAAAAUAAGCUUUAUUUCUCUCUCCAGUUUGUGCACUGACCUAGAAAAACAAAAAGAUGAUUUUUGAAUUUCCCCUACAAGGGGUCAAUAAAGGUACAUCUAUUAUUGUU